AUGAUUAAUUCAAAACUUAUCUUUAUUACAUUAAUAAUAGAAGUAUCAUUAUAUUCACUUGCCAAUACUCAUCAUAGUUUUUUAUUCGACGAUAAUCGUGCCAUUGGUGGAGAAUCUCUAGAUACGUCUAAGUUUGUUAUAUAUGUAAAUGAAAAUUCUUCAAGAUUUAUUGAAAUACCCCAAGAAUAUAUGAAAAAUUGGAUAGAUGAUCAGAAAAUGUGGCGAACAUGGUCAAUUAUAUUAGCUGUUAUGUGUUUUAUCUUUUUUACCACUCUAAUGCUUUUUCUUAUUCAUGGCUUUAUUACUUCUACAGGCCUAUUUGCUAGCUCUAAACAGUUUGUCAUUACAAAUUCAUCACAUCCUAAAAUGACAUCAUCAUCAACAACAAUGGUCAUCGGAUACUCACAGAUAACGAAAAGUCCAAGAGUGCAACAAUCGUAUCUAACGGGUUCUAGUCGUAUAUCAACAUUAUAA